AUGGUUGUUGGUUUGGAGAGCUACCGGGGAAGGAAACCGCUCGGCGGCAGCGUUGUUCCCGUACCGGGGGUUCCCGGACUGAGCCCGGGAGUGCCGGCAGCCGCUUCCCCCUCCCCCGCGCCCCAGGCCCCCGCCGCGCCCAGCCCCGCGCCAGCAACCACGCCAGCAAUGAAGCAGGAACACCCCAGCCAGCCAAUGGCUCCGAUGCCGUUCUACGCUGGCGAUCCCAAUAGAUUUCCAACAACGUGGCAGACUGACCCAUCACAAGGUUGGCAAAAUCAAUUCAUCCAACAAAUACCCACGCAGACCGGGCAAACCACGUUAGAUUAUCAAGGCAACCACACACCUUACGCCACGUCGCCCCAUUACCAAGCCAACACCACCUACACCGUCCAAAACGUUGCCACGACAUUCGACGUCACAAACAACACUUACUAUCAGGCCGGCAUACAAGCUGUGCCUGCGCAAAGACCUCCAUCGAAUCGGGGAGCAUACACUCCAGUGCCUUCGCCGAGAGCUCCGCAUUACACUGCCGAGUAUCAACAGCAGUACGCUCAACAAGCACCCACACCAGGCGUCACCACCGGAAACGAUUCCAGGCCAUCCUCGGCAGCUUCAUACCAGAGUUCAGUGCCAACAUCUGCCGCAUCAGUCUACACCGUGAGUCAGCCGAGUUAUGAUCGCACAGAAUACGCCACCGAGCAUUCUGAGGACUAUAGCAACGCCGAAAGUGCAACGGGAGAUUCAACAAAUGACGGAGAUAGACAAGAGCAAAACGGAAGCAAUGGUCAGCAUUCGGGAAACGCCGAGCCUGGAUACCUGCAGGGGAGCAACGGUCCGCGAGCUUCACUAGACUGUAGCGGGUAUUCGGGCGCCUAUAAUAGCGGACAGUACAGGGACAAUAGCCAAGCACAAAACCAAAACGAGUGGCAGCAGCGUCAGUGGCAGCACAACCAAAGACUACAAAACCAACAAUUGCAAAAUCAACAACAAAUUCAGAACCAGCAGCAAAUGCAAAACCAACAGCAAAUGCAAAACCAACAGCAAAUGCAAAACCAACAGCAAAUGCAAAACCAACAGCAAAUGCAAAACCAACAGCAAAUGCAAAACCAGCAACAAAUGCAGAACCAACAACAGAUGCAGAAUCAACAACAGAUGCAGAAUCAACAGCAAAUUCAGAAUCAGCAACUUAACCCGCAACAACUGAGUCAUCAUCAGCAAAAUCAACAACAACAGAUGCAAAAUCAGCAGAUGCAGAUGCAAAAUCAUCAAAACCAGCAGAUGCAGAAUCAACAAAUGCAGCAACAGCGACAAGACGAUUCUGAGCAGCAAAUGUUCUCUCAGUCGGAUCGAGUAAAUUUGAACUCCAGAUUGAAAACGAUGAUUUUAAACAAACAAAGCCAUUCCAGGGAUGGCACAAACACACCACCAGAUAAAGGAGACCCUGGUGAGGGUCCACCCAGAGGAAUAGACGAUAGAAAAAGCGGGGUGACCGCCAAUGAUGACAAAAAUACUACCGGUCAUUUUUUAUCGUAUAGCCACCAUCUCCGAGAUAAUUACCGCAUAGGCGAGCAAGCGUAUCCUGCCGCUGGUAAUUAUUCCCACAGUACUCAUGCUUAUAGUAUGAGCGAGUUCGGAGGUGGUGGCCACCACGUAUGGGAGGGCGGGACGGAUGCCCCGCGGAGUUAUGAUAAGAACGUAUUGUCUAUGAACGUAGCCAAGACAACACAAAAAUUGCCAUCUUAUACUGAUAUGAGAGGACAAUUUAAUGCUUUCUCGAAUGCAACAUUCGAGUCCCAAAAGUAUGCAGAUAAUUAUGGUAGUGAUAGUUUAAGUUAUAAUCAGCAAGAUAGUAAAGAUUUCCAAUCUAAAAUGCUCAUUGGACCAGUAUCUGAAAUGAAUCAACAAAAUUGCUCCCCAGCGCGGGAUACUAACGCACAAAAAAAGGCUGCUGAAAGGGAAGCCUAUGAUGCAAAAUUUCGGCACCCAAAUGCCCCCUUAAUUCCUAAGUUAGAGAUUCCUGACAAUUAUUCACUCAAGAAAGACGAAAGAAUGAAGUCUGAUACGAUAAGAAUGGUAGGUCACAACACAUUUCCGAAACAAAAUGAUGCUGCAUUAAAUACCUCCUAUAGGGAGUUUCCUAAUGGAGCCAGAUCAAAUCAAAAUAAUUUACUGCCACCAAUAUCCACCAUAAAACAAGAGAAUUUUGGACAGAAGCAAACCUACCAAAACUUUCAAAACUAUUCGAACGAAAGGCGAUUGGAAACAAACGAAAUAUUCGCGCAAAUUCCACGCCUUCAAGAAAAUAUCGGCUUCCAAAAGUACAAUAAGAACUUCGAGCCCAAAUCGAUUAAACACGCGGACAGCCGUGGUAGCUCGGGAAGAAGUACACCUAACGAUUCUAAACCACCAUUCUACAUAGAACAAAUCAAAUCGGAACAUUCUCCACCCGGACACAAAAUAUACAAAAACUUAAGCUAUGGACCUCCAAAGAAUGAACCUUACAUGUUUCCCGGAGAUGGCGGUCCAGUCGCCAUCAAAAAUGAGAUGGGGUACUCAUGCUGCCGCCAAGGCUCUACAAAAAAGCCACCGCCAGAACAUCUGCGAGACGGCGCCUGUCCUGGAUUGCAAACCAAAGAUGAAAUGUUAGAGGACGACCCGGAUUCUGCAGACCCCAAAAGUGCAUCAAAACCCAGCACGCCCGUGCCGGACAAUGCCAAAAUGCCGAAAGAAAAUCAAUUCAACUACUCCAAGGAAUACCUAGACAACUUGGAGAAGCUGAGGAAUAGUUCAAGAACCGAAGUGCCUGAUUGCAACUGUUUCCCAGCCGACAAAAAUCCGCCAGAACCGGGAAGCUAUUACACCCAUUUAGGCGCAGCGUCAAGUUUGGCAGAACUAAGAAAGGACCUUGAAUCUCGAACAGGCUUAUCUGGAAAAGAGUUAAGAAUAGAGAAAAUCUGCUAUACGGGCAAGGAGGGAAAGACUGCCCAGGGAUGCCCAAUGGCAAAGUGGAUAAUUCGCCGAGCUAACUACACGGAGAAGGUGCUGGUGGUGGUCAAAUGUCGAAACGGGCACAAGUGCAGUUCGGCUUGGAUCGUGGUGUGCUUGGUGGCCUGGGAUGGCAUACCGCAGUCGGAGGCGGAUUUGGACUACACGCUGUUGUCGCACAAGCUUAACCGUUACGGCCUCCCCACCACCAGGCGGUGCGCCACAAACGAGAACAGAACUUGCGCUUGCCAAGGGCUAGAUCCAGAAACAUGCGGUGCUUCUUACAGCUUUGGCUGUUCGUGGUCGAUGUACUACAACGGAUGCAAGUACGCGCGCUCGAAGACCGUCCGCAAAUUCCGCCUUUCCGUUAAGACCGAGGAGGCCGAGAUAGAAGAGAGGAUGAACGUCCUCGCGACGCUGCUCAGUCCGCUGUACAUGAACCUAGCGCCAAAGUCCUUCGAGAAUCAGUGCCAAUUCGAGAAGGAGGCGUCCGACUGCCGAUUGGGAUUCAAGCCCGGGCGUCCGUUUUCUGGCGUCACCGCGUGUAUCGACUUCUGCGCGCACGCGCACCGCGACCUGCACAACAUGCACAACGGAUGCACCGCGGUGGUGACGCUGGCGCGGCACCGCGGCCCCUCGCGCGCCCACCACGAGCAGCUGCACGUGCUGCCGCUGUACGUACUCGACACCAGCGACGAGUUCGGCUCCGUCGCCGGACAGGAGGACAAGGUGCGCGCCGGCGCGCUCCAGGUGCUCGACAAAUUUCCGAUGGAAGUGAGGGUGCGUUCCGUGCCGUUGCAACCGUGCAGACGCCAUGGUAAGAAGCGCAAGGACGAAGAAAACGCGGACGGCGCCAGCACGCCCGGAAAUGGCAGCUCUUCCCAACAAAACCCCAACAACCAGAAAAAGCAGCAGCAGAACAACGCGUCGCCCAGGACACCGCAGCCGAACGACAGCAGGAACAACGCGAGUCCGAAGAAUCCAAGCGGCGCAUCCCCCAGAGCCAACACGCCGGUGGUCAACCAAUCCAACCCUUCCGCCUUCACCAACUCCCCGUACAACUCCGCAUUCGUCAACCCCAACAUGCACGGCAACAAUUCCAGCCUCAUAAACCCCAACCUUUCGAACCCCGCGCUGCUAGACAUGGCCUCGAUGAUUGACAACUUCACAGACGCGCAGCUCCAAAGCAACCAAAUAUCCAGCACGGUACUGGAUUCCCCCUACAAUCCGUACGAACAAAGUUACAACUUGCAUCACCAGAACAGCUUGUACAACCAAGCGCACGCACCUCCACUGGUGGAUGGCAAUUGUCAGAAUGCAAACCCCAAUCAACUGCCGAGCUUCGCGUCUGGCUUGCAGAAGAGAGAGCAGCAGUUCAACACGAACCCAGAAGAAAUGCCACCGCAGAACCAGUGGCCUGACUUUGCCAAUUCGGAAAUGUUCAAUAACGUUGUUAAAGAAGAUCCCGACUCAACCACCGCCCAUCUAAACGGUCCCGCCAACAAUUUUAGCCCCGAUUCGAACCGAAGUGAGACUAAUUCAGACCAAAUCUCACAAAAGAACACUUCAGACAACGACAAGCAAGGCCUUAUCGGUGAGAUCGCGAUCAAGAUGCCCGAAUUUGAGAUGCCAAAUUCGCCGCGUCUGACGGAAAUAUCGCAAAAGUCCCAAAGUACUCCUGUAUCUCCAGCUCCGUCGCAGGUCCCAGAUUUAAAAUCACCGAACCACGAUGGAUUGAUAUCGCCCGAUGCGCGCAAAGGUGUUUGGAAAUCCCCUGAGUCUAAAAAUUGGGAUCCUUCCAAACCGAAAGAGGCAAUGACUGGUGACAAUGAGAAUGCUUUAUUCAGAGUACCAAAGGCAAGACCACCGUCGCGAUCGCAAUAUGGCAAUCCAUCGGAUGUCAUGGAGAAUUCCACAUUUCUAAAACCCUAUCCACCCUCCGAGAAGCCCCAUCUAAGCCAAGGCUAUGAGCACAGAAGUCCAUAUGACAACAGAACAAACCAAAUGCCCCAGCCGCCAACAACUCAAGGAAACUUCACAAUAAACCACGAAGAUAUGAACCAAAAUAAUACGGCAACGAAUAAGCCGGCCCACGAGUUCACCGGUAACAACUUCCAUCCUAUCGGUCAAAACAGUUUUGGCAAUCAAACGCCCAUACAAGGUUACGGCAACUACCCACAGAUGACAAACACAUACCCGUUCCCGCCAAGUCCGUACGGUCAUUUCAAUCCGUACGAGAAUUCAUACAACGACUAUAAUAGUAUAGCUUACUACAACGCCGAAAAGUAUAAAAGGGAGGAGUUGAUCAGGAAUUCACAUUGUUACAACUCCUACGGAUACCAGUACAAUCCAAACUUUGCGCCAAACUUCUACCAGAACCCGACUUCAAACUGGUGUCAAUCUUCGCCCAAUUGGUGUCUCUACCCGCCACCUUUUUCCAUUCCGUAUGCACCUGAGCCGCCCAAAGCCGAACCCAUCGGCGAAGUGACAGAGGUCACCGACAACUUGGAGUGCUUCAAAGACAGCCAAAUGGGCGGCGUGGCCAUAGCUUUGGGCCACGGGAGCGUACUCUUCGAGUGUGCUAAACACGAGAUGCACUCCACGACGGCGGUGAAAAAUCCGAAUAGAGUGAACCCGACCAGGAUAUCGUUGGUCUUCUACCAGCAUAGGAAUUUGAAUCGUCCGAAGCACGGCCUCGAGGAAUGGGAGGAGAAGAUGAGAUUGAAGAAGCUCGGACUGAACCCUCCCACGCCGGGCACGUCGGGCCCGAACUCCAAUUCGGUCUCGCCGGCCACCACGCCAGGGCCGGAGCAGAGGCAUCCUCCCGGGGCGGAGAAAUGGAAGAACAACGACGACGCCAUUCCGGGCGGCUACAGCUCGCUUGCAGCGUUGGUCGAAGCGACGAACGCGGCGAAGAAGAGUGGUCAGAUCAUGCUCAGGACGGACACCCAGACAACGAUGUCGUGGACCACACUAUUCCCGAUGCACCCCUGCACUGUGACGGGCCCCUACCAGGAGUCGGCCACC